AUGCUCGCAGUCCAUCGACGAGGACAGUUUGAGCACAUUAACAAUGUCCAUGCUGCGUUUCAAGGAUACCCGGGCGCAGUGCGCGUACCUCCGACACUUUGCAAUUUCGACCUUGACGAUGUCGACCGAGACAACUUGUAUCUCGACGUGGCGCGCACGAACGUACCCUGUGUCAUGCUUUUCUGUGUUCCAGUGCUAUCGGGGAUGGCCCAACGCGCCUUGGUGAACGCUCAACGCGAAUUGGACUGGAUACCAGAUCGCUUAGACGACUUUAGCAGCUACUGGAGUGGCCCGAUCUCUUCACAUAGUACACUUCUUGCAGCAGCAAGCGCUGCCUCUGCUGCCCAGGCAGUUCUUAUGGACGACAGACGGACAUACGAAGUAGUGGCAUUCGUUCCGAGUGUGGCAGCCCUCCCACUUCGACUCCACUUCGAACUUCAUAGGAUGGCUUCGGAUUCCGGCUGGUUACGAGGACGUUCAGUCGACGUAUGGGUUACUAACUCCGCCAUGGUGGCACGAACCACGAUUGCUCGGACAUCACUCAGUUUCACCGGCCAGGUACUCAGUGUAAAACUCCAUUCAGAACCACAGACUCACCGCGCCGCCCACCACGCAGUUGAACUUUACGGGUCCGUCGACGGCGGCGUUAGCGCUCGUUUGUGCAGAGCAACUUCUAGAACGCCGCUUGUAGUCUUCGCAAGCGAGAACCUGUUCGGAGACAUUCCUACGAACGCACCAUCACUGGCCAGCGAUAUCCUCAGCAUGAUCCAUGGUAGCGCCUAUCGCUGA